AUGUUGGAAGGGUCGGCACAGGGAUUAGCAAGUCCUUCAACGGCGGACAUAAAAGUAUACACUUGUGAAAAACGAUUUCAUUCACAUGACAUUGCCGAUAAAGUUCGACGUCGCUAUCGUGAUUUAUCUCGGUUAAUUGAACUCGAUCGACAAUCAUUUAAUAUACUCGAUAUUACACCAACAAAAUCGUACGCGGUUUAUAUGUGUGAUUUUAUUAACGCAACUUCUAGUCAAGCAAAAAUUCAAACAAAUGAUGAUAAUGAAAAUACAGAAACCCAAACGGAUGAAAUUGAACAAGUCCCAAAGUGGACUCAACAUCCAGCAGAAACUAUACAAAGUCGUGGGAGCGCUGAGGGUUCAGACAACAAAAGAGAUUAG